AUGACCGUUCGGAGACGAAAAGCAUCAUUCGACUAUUUUUCCUCGCCCGGAGACGCAUCUGCCCAUGGCUUGCUGAGACUCAAGAGGAUAUCGCCGCCACGAGAGGUCCAACGCGGUCGAAGGGUGUAUGUUGCUGGGCUUUUGCGACGGGCGUGUUUGGCCUUGCCCGUCCUUGUUUUGAUGUUUUUUGGCCUUGUGCAUGUCCUGCACGUGCUCUCAGGACAAGGGCAAUUACUUUGGGACAACGAGGUGGAUGACGAGUGGAUGCCAGAUUGGGGCAAGCCAGGAGAACCGGGAUACGGAUUGUCACAUUAUCCAACAGAUGCCACGCGAGAUGUAAUCCCGAUACCGUGCCAUUCACACAAUGAUUACUGGAGACGGAUCCCCUUGUUCGACGCGAUCCAUUGGGGCUGUACUGGCGUCGAAGCCGAUGUGUGGCUGUUUGACGAGGAAUUGUACGUGGGACACAACACAGCAUCCUUAACCCGGAACCGAACGUUUCGAAAUCUCUACAUCAACCCCCUGGUCGACCUGCUGGACAGGAUGAAUCCAAACUCACCAUUUAGCCCCAAUACGACUGGCCAUGGGGUUUUCGACGAGGAUCCGAAUCAGUCUCUCGUGCUCCUAGUCGACUUCAAGACCAAUGGUCGAGAUACGUAUCCAUACGUCCACAAGCACCUCGAGGCGCUGAGAGAAAAGGACUAUCUCACAUACCACGAUGGAAACGGGGUUCAGAAACGUGCAGUGACUGUCGUGGGCACUGGCAACACACCCUUCGACAUGGUCGUCUCCGAAAAACGAAGAGACAUCUUCUUCGACGCUCCCCUCGACAAAAUGUGGGAACCGGCUCGGACAGAAGAUGAUCAACCACGACCCCUCGCCUCCCCAAUCGCAUUCGGCGAAGGUCAAGGAAACGUUGGUACAGGCCAGGUGACUUCGGCCGACGAUUUCAACACGACCAAUUCCUAUUACGCGAGUGUAUCCUUCAUGAAAACCGUGGGGUUCGUGUGGCGCGGACGCUUGACUCCGAGGCAAAUGCACAUCAUCAGAGGACAGAUUCGGGGGGCCCAACGUCGAGGGCUGAAAGCCAGGUAUUGGGAUACACCGGGCUGGCCUAUACAUCUGCGAAAUUACAUCUGGCAUGUAUUGAUGAAGGAAGGUGCGGAUAUGCUCAAUGUGGAUGAUUUGAAAGGCGCUGCUGUGCAGAAUUGGAUGGCGAGGACGCGUGGACUGUUGUGA